AGAAAAGGUGAAAAAAAAAAAAAAGAAAAAAAAUAAAAUAUCCUACUCUCUAGUGCGCGCAAAGUUUCUCUCGGUUUCCACUAUACUCGAUCGUCUCCCUAUCUAUUUAAGAUGGCAGCCGGUGCCAUGCUCAUUCCAUUUCCCUCCGCGCGCGCGCUCUCUCUCUCUCUGUCUCCGGUUGCUUUCGUAGCAUUAAUUAAAAUCCCUGUCUCUCUGUCUAAGAGUUUAACACAUACAUAAAAACAAAUGGUUACUUGGAUCACCCACCAACUUGUUCCUGCAGCCUUAGCAACAGGGAGCGCUUCUUAAUCCCUCCCGCUUGACAUGUUGAAUGAUCAACAACGGCCUGACAGCACCGGAGAAGAGCAUGAUCCGCCGCACGAAGAAGUCGAAUUCCGCGACAUCCACCCGCUGACUCCGCCGCCGCCGCCGUCGUCGGUCCGAUCAUCGGGCGGGAGGCGCGGGGAGUACUCGAGCCACCACCGGUCGUCCGCGGCGCUCUCGGUGGGGAGCGACGCCGCCCUGAGCGAGCAGUUCACGACGAUGAGCAGGGAGUUCAGCGCGAUGGUCGUCGCGGGCUCCGCCAUGCAGCUGGGUGACGCCGCCAGCAGCAACGUCGACAACGAAACCGCCCUGGCCAGGAUCGGCGAGGAGGACCGCCUCGAGGAGACGAACCCGCUCGCCAUCGUCCCCGACACCAACCCCAUCCCGUCCCCGCGACGCGCCCCGCCUUCCGAGGGGGUGGCCGCGGGGGCGGCCGCGGCCGCGCUGGAGGAGGUCUCCGUGCUGCAGGUCAAGAAGGAUGAGGUCGAGUCCAAGAUAUCGGCCUGGCAGACCGCCGAGGUCGCCAAACUCAACAACAGGUUCAAACGCGAAGAGGUCGAGAUCAACGGCUGGGAGAGCGACCAGGUCGAGAAGGCCACGGCCUGGCUAAAGAAAAUAGAGAGGAAGUUGGAGGAGCAGAGGGCGAGGGCGAUCGAGAAGGCGCAGAACGACGUGGUGCGGGCGAGGCGCAAGGCCGAAGAGAAGAGGGCGUCGGCGGAGGCGAAGAGGGGGACGAAGGUGGCGAGGGUUCUGGAGCUGGCCAAUUUCAUGAGGGCCGUUGGCAGAGCGCCAUCAAAGCGCUCCUUCUUUUAAGUAAUUAAUUAUUAUUGGUUUAUACUUAAUUAAUUUGCUUGCUUGAAUCAAUAGUCUCUUUUGUGUGUCAUAGUAGUGUAUGAUAGAUGCUUUUAAUUUCUCAUCACGCGGAGAGCCUUUUCAAUUCCAAUUGUAUAAUCGUUCUUGUUGGUUUUACUAUGUGGUCGAUCAAUUAAGCAGGGGAGGUGUUGUAAUUAUUAAAUUAAGAAGAAGGAAUAGUUGGAGAAACAGGGUACUGUUUUUAAGGUUUCUGAAGGCUCUCUGUUGAAGGCUCUGUGUUGUAAAGGCGUGUAUGUUUGAAGAAAUUAUGAGAGAUUGGUAUUUUAGUGCUUUUUUUUUUUA